UCAGGACUGAGCAGAGUUGGGCAUUGAGCCCUUUAUUGUGAGGAUGACAACAGCAAAGUUAAGGCCAGUGGCACAAACGCGGACUGAUGCUGGUUGAAACCUGCUGUUUAAUAUUGUAGCUCCAGGUUUUGAAUUGCUCACAGUUGAAUUUAGAUUGGAUUUUGAAAAGGAAUCGGGAUUAACUGGGAAGUCCGAAUUUCCGUUGUGAUGGCGUGUCAUUGAUCGAGAACUGGGGACAACUCUGGAAGAUGGUGCUUGGGAAGAGGCAAAUACGAGUGUUCCUGUGAUUUUUUUUUAAAAAUGUAAUAACCCCAGACCUGUCAAUAACUAACGAAAAAUGAACUUAAAAAAAAACAAAGUUCAUCGCAGCCUAAGAAUAACGAAAUCAGGGAACCCCCAACCCCCUUUUUUUCCAGGACGGUGUAGGUCAAAUUUCAGUCAAUUCUGAGGGGGCGAGAAAUGCAAAAAGCAUGUUCACUUGUUCGGAAAGUCUGCGUCUUUUGUGUCCCUGAGUUGUUUGUGCUGUUCAGUGGUUUGCUCCAUUCCGGCGAUCCGGUUCCACAGUAAGUGGCCGCCUCCCAGUCUGCCUGUGGGCGGGUUGUUUGUACUGACUGGCGUACACACUGCUGCUGCUGCUGCCGCCGCCGUGAGCUGCAGCCUGCCUCCCCGUCUGCUCUCCCAGUCUCGGUGGCCAUGCAGGCGGACUCACGCCGCGUAUAGCAGAGUGCACAGACUACGGCGCCCGGCAGCACCGUGGCUGCAAGGCAUAACUUGACCCUUGAGUUUCGCGCAACAGUAUCGUCAGCUGUGAACGCCAAGAUAUCAUCUUCACCUGCUACCAUGGUGGCCAAGGAUUACCCCUAUUGUAUUGCAGCUAAGAGGACAAACUGUGCCUUGGAAGUGCAGAGUGUCAGCUCCAGUACUAAAGAAACCGAGGAGCCCAGUAACAAACGGGUAAAACCACUUUCCCGAGUCACAUCUUUAGCAAAUCUCAUUCCACCUGUGAAAGCCACACCUCUGAAACGAUUCAGCCAGACAUUACAGCGUUCCAUUAGCUUUCGAAGUGAUAGCCGACCUGAAAUUUUCACCCCAAGACCCUCUUCUAGACAUGGGCCUACUGCUAUUGCAAAGCGUCGAGAUAGCAAACUCUGGAGUGAAACAUUUGACAUUCGUGUCAAUCAAAUGCUCACAGCUAAGGAAAUCAAAAGGCAAGAGACAAUAUUUGAACUUUCCCAGGGAGAACAGCUUUUAAUUGAAGACUUGAAACUGGCAAAAAAGGCUUAUCAUGAUCCGAUGCUCAAACUCUCGAUUAUGACUGAGCAGGAACUGAAUCAGAUAUUUGGAACCCUGGAUUCCCUUAUUCCUUUGCAUGAAGAUCUUCUGAGUCGGCUCCGUGAAGCCAGGAAACCAGAUGGGACAACAGAGCAUGUUGGCCACAUCCUUGUAGGCUGGCUCCCUUGCUUAAACUCAUAUGAUAGUUACUGCAGCAACCAGGUGGCAGCCAAGGCCCUCCUUGAUCACAAGAAACAAGAUCAUCGAGUCCAUGACUUUCUACAGCGCUGUUUAGAAUCACCUUUUAGUCGCAAGCUGGAUCUCUGGAAUUUUCUGGAUAUUCCACGUAGUCGACUGGUGAAGUACCCCCUACUCUUAAAAGAAAUUCUCAGGCAUACUCCAAAUGACCACCCAGAUAAGCAGCACUUGGAAGAAGCAAUUAACAUCGUUCAAGGGAUUGUAGCUGAAAUCAACAAGAAGACUGGGGAGUCAGAAUGUCAGUAUUAUAAGGAAAGGCUAGUCUUUCUUGACGAGAGUCAAAAGGACCCUCUGAUUGAAAAUUCUAAAGUGCUCUGCUGUCAUGGAGACUUGAAGAACAACAGAGGAGCAAAACUCCAUGUUUUCCUGUUUCAAGAGGUGCUUGUAAUUACCAGAGUGGUGACAUGCAGUGAGCAGCUGUGCUACCAGCUGUAUAGGCAGCCCAUCCCUGUCGGGGAUCUGGUGUUGGAUGACCUGCAAGAUGGGGAGGUCCGGUUAGGGGGAUCUAUUAGAGGCGCCUUCAGCAAUAAUGAGAGAACAAAAAACUUCUUCAGAGUCAGCUUUGUAGAUCCUUCUGAAGGGCAGUCCCACUCACUCCAGGCAAAUGAUGCCUUCAACAAACAGCAGUGGUUGAACUGCAUCAGACAGGCCAAAGAAGCAGUGCAGCAUUCUUUAGGUGAAAAAGGAAUGCUAGGCUGUGGAAGACACAUGCACCUAACUCCAAAUGGGAUCAGGAUGUCCCAUGAAGAACCAAAGCUUGAAAGAAUGGACCAAUCAGACAAUGAAUCUAACUGUAGUAUGGAUACCAGCGAGAUUAGUGGCGACUAUGAACAGAUGGAAGAAACAGACUGUUGUGUAAAUCAAAAAAGAAUAGAGACAGAUGUUUGACAUCAUCAAUACAUUGCGUAGAACUCCAUGGCAUUUUACCUGUACAGUAUUUGCAUUCCAUAAGGAGCAUUUUGGAAAAGCACUUUUAUUCCAUGCAAUGGUGUCCUUGGUCCCUUUGUGUAUACUUGACAAAUACUGCCAAAUGUGUCUGUAAGCUGGAAUUUGUUGUCUUUGCUGUUUCUGGUUUAAUGUGUUCUCUCUAACAUCAUACUCAUAGAUGAAAUGUUUGAUUAACAUCUACAUAGUCUUGCUGGACCUUCUCGACUGCUGUUUGCAUUUGGACCAAUUCCAUAUGGAUUGAUAUACUUGGAACCAGCAAGUUAGCAGUUCAGGUGAAUAUUCAGAACAUCAGCAACGUUUCACAGGAUUGGAACAAAACUGAACAAAGUACUCCAAACAUUUAUAGAAAUUAACUAAAAACAUCUCAUUGUUCGCUCUAUGGAUGCAAGAUCAAUGGUUAUUAUAAUUUAGUGGAAUUUGUUUAGGGUAAUUUCUUCAGGCGGAAGCUGCAUAAUAGUCACUCUACACUGACUGGAUAGUUUCCAUCACUUUCAAUAGUACAGAUGUACUGCUACAUUUGCCAAGUCAUGGAUAUGUUGCCUAAUCUGUUUGCAAUUCUGUUGGAUGGGCUUAAAGCAGAUUGUUUGUCUCAUGUUUUCUUUUGUACAUAGUGUGACACAUCUGUACAGUGUAUGAGGAAUCAGAAUGACAAGUUUAAGCAGUAAGAAAAAAAUGGUCAAACCAAAGCAUAUACCUUUUAUUAUUUUGAAAAAAAAGUAACAUGUUUAAUUUUAUCUAGUUGAAUUUUUUUCUGUAUUUAUAGUUUUUACAAAAAUCGCAAAACUUCUAUUUGCCCAUUUGUGAUUUGUUCUAAAUGCUUCAUUUCAAAGAAAAUGAAUUUUGCAGGUAUGUGUCCAUGGGCAAGAGAAAUAGCUGAGAAAUAGUUUUUAAGAAAAUUGGUUAUUGCAAUGUUUAAGACUAUGUAAUGUAAUUACAUAUAUAACCAACAGGAGGAGCUUAAUUCUGGAAGUAAUACUAUUUGAAAAAUUCCGAUCUCAGAAAUUACAAGAAAUUAGAACAUGGCAGUUGAAGGAAUAAAGUUGGACACAAAAACUUUGCAAAAGGAGUGGUUUCUCAGUUUUAUUCUAAUCCAGUUCUAUAGAUGCACAAAUGUUAAU